AUGAGUCCAUCCUUUCAGGCGCCAGACGUCGGCCCCCCUAUCUUCAAAGAGUCCUGUCAGACUCUGGAUCAUGCCACAGAGUAUGCCAGAGACACGCUGCUCAAGGAUCACUGGUGCGGCUGGGUGCUUUCCAACGCGACCGUCACGGCGGAAUGGAUUUUCCUACAAUACAUUGUGGGGAAGGAAAUCAGCCAGGAGGACCGUCGAGGGUUUCUAGACUAUUUCAGGUCCUCGCAGAGAGAAGACGGCUCCUGGGCCCUCGCCACCCAAACCACAACCCCGGGUGACAUUUCCUCGACGAUCGAGGCCUAUGUCGCUCUCAAGAUCUUGGGCAUCUCUCCCGAGGAGGAUUACAUGGUUCGAGCGCGGGACUACGUCCGAAGCCACGGCGGAGCCGAGAAGAUGCGGAUGCUCAGCAGGUUCUACCUGGCAAUGUUUGGACUGGUGCCGUGGGAAUCGGUGCCUCAGAUGCCCCCGGAGCUCAUCUUCCUCCCGUCGUGGUUCCCCAUCAACAUCUACAAGUUCUCGUCCUGGGCCCGCUGCAGCAUCGUGGGCCUCACCAUCCUGCGGUCGCACGAGCCGCUCUACGGCCUCCCCAACGGCAAGAGGGACGCCGACAACAACUACAUGGACGAGCUGUGGCUGGACCCAUCGAACAAGGUGCUGCCUUAUACGCAACCGUACCUGCAGCUGGCCCGGACCUCUCCGCUGGGCGUGCUGUUCCAGCUCGGCGACCUGUUCCUGUGGCUCCUGUCGUUCCUGGGCCUCUGGAUCCUGCGACGACACGCCAUCUCCAAGUGCAUAUCCUGGAUACUGGAACACCAAGAAACCUCGGGCGACUGGGGCGGCAUCUACCCGCCCAUGCACAACAACAUCCUGUCCCUGCUGCUCCACGGCUACAGCCAGGACGACCCGGCCAUCCAGAACGGGCUCGUCGCCUGCGAGAGGUUCCUGGCCCAGGACCCCAAGCACGGCAAGUGGAUGCAGCCCAGCGUCUCCCCGGUCUGGGACACGUUCCUGAUGAUCAGGGCCGUGGCCGACGCCAAGACGACCGACGGCGGCGGCGGCGACGACGACGAGCUGCUCGCCAAGCCCGUGGAGUGGGUGCUGGCGCAGCAGAUAAACGACGACCACAUCGGCGACUGGCGCGUCUACCGGCCACACAUACCCGCCGGCGGCUUCGCGUUCGAGUACUUCAACAAGUGGUACCCUGACAUCGACGACACGGCCGUCGGCAUCGUCGCCGUCCUCCGCCAGAACCCCGCGCUCGUCAACGACGACAGGGUGCUCCUGGCGGCGGCCUGGACCCUCGGCAUGCAGAACAAGGACUUUGGCUGGGCGGCCUUCGACGCCGACAACGACGCCUACUACCUCCACGCCUCGCCCUUCUCCGACAUGGACAGCCUCUGCGACGGCUCCACGCCCGACGUCACCGCCCACGUGCUCGAGAUGCUGGGCCUGAUGUACCGGCUGCAGCGGCAGGGCAAGGUCAAGAACCCCGACGUCGUCUCCUUCCUGGCCCAGUCCCGCCGCGCCUGCGACAGGGGUGUCGACUACCUCCUGGGUUCCCAGGAGGCCUUUGGCGGCUGGUACGGCCGCUGGGGCGUCAACUACAUCUUCGGCACCAGCGCGGCCGUCUGCGCCCUGGCGUACUUUACGGAGCGGCCGGGCGUGGCCGACAAGAUGGCGGCGGGCGUCGAGUGGCUGCGGUCCCGGCAGAACCCGGACGGCGGCUGGGGCGAGCUGCUCGAGUCCUACAACGACAAGGCGCUGGCCGGGAGGGGCAGGUCGACGCCCUCGCAGACCGCCUGGGCCCUGCAGGGCCUGCUCGAGACCCAGGACCCGCGGGGAAAGGUCGUCGAGGCCGGCGUGCGCUGGCUGCUGCGGAACCAGGUGCCCGGCACCAGCCCCAAGUCGGGCUGCGUCUCCACCACCUGGACCGAGGACGACUACACGGCCACCGGCUUCCCCGGCCACUUUUAUCUCAAGUACGAGCUCUACUGCCACUACUUUCCCAUGAUGGCCCUCGCGAGAUACAAGGCUUGCAUCCAGGACGCUUCCUGGGACCACUGA